AUGAAUGCCUCAGCGGAAGAUUGUCUUCCAGAUUCAGAGCUCGUGGCCCCAGAUGAGCACACUUGUUGUUACCGCAACACAUACGACUGCAGUGCCCUGUGUCGCACCCUUUUGACGCUUGCUCACCAUCAAGAUGCACAAGCAAGACUGCACGAGGAAAUUCAUCCAGCAAUGGAUGAACACGGCGAGCUUGAUUACGAUGCUCUAUCCAAUCUUUCAUAUCUCGAUGCAGUGUGUCGAGAGACUCUGCGCUGGUAUCCUCUAGUUAUCACCGUCACACGCACGGCACGUGAAGAUAUAGUCCUCCCCUUCUCAUGUCCCUUCAAAGAGAAUGAUGGGAAAUAUAUGCACGAUGUCCUUGAUGCCGAAUAA